UUUCCCAGCAUUCUUCACCAGUCCUCCUUCACAACAUUAACCUGCAAUGGAAGUAGUGAUGUCCGUUAUUUUCCAAUGGUCUAUGUUGGAGUUUCUUUGUUGCCUUAUUUCCAGACUUCCUGUAAAAGCACCAUCUGUGUGUAAAUCCAGAAUUGCAACCGUUUGGUUUCCUUUUUCCCCGACUCUUCUUUAUGGCAGUGGGGGGAUGUGAACGACAUCACAUCACCCUGCUGCUGAUGUGAUCAUUUCUUAAUUAACAUCUGCCAUCAGGCAGUAGCUGUGGAGCUGUUUGUUAGGUGAAGAGAAAAUACUGUCAAGACUGGAAAGCGAUUCUCACUCUGAUAUGAUUGAGAGCGAUAAUCGUCUCAUGUGUCUGUGAUUUUCAAAGUUCACAUUCAAGACCUCUCUGGAGGGUGAGCGUCAGUGAACGCCUCUCCCAGGAGCCGUGCAGGUGCUUUUAAUUGGUCCUUUUCUUACGCCAUAUGUGGCGCAACAACAUCCGGACCACCUCAUUGGCUCCCAUUAGCGGGGAUGCUCACGCUGUUACUUACUGUAUUUCCUUCCUGAUGCCCUGUGGCAGUAUACUCAGCAUGCACUUCACUCACCAGCUAUCCCCUUACCAACUUACUUAUUCAUUACAGAACCAAGGAGCCGAUAGACACCAGGCUUGAAAGGAUGGGCAAACAGCCCUGUAUGAAUUUGCCGACUCUGCAGCCUUUUUUUUUUUUUCAAAUCAAAUUUACUAAGAGACAGAACAGAACUGAAGACAAAUUUGGCUAAGGUGCUAAAAAAAAAAAAAAGACUUCCAGAGCGAGUCUUUCUUCUUGGGCUCUAACCAGCCUCAUUCUUCUUCACCUCUCUUCACUUCUUUUUUGCCCAGCAGUUCUCUUCUCCCUCAUCAGUAGCACUUGUUUUAUAGACCGCAAAGGAGGUUCAGCUUCCUCUAAUCUUCCACUAAAUUAACAGUCGAAUAAACUGGUGUUUUGAUAUCUAUAACUUACUGUGAGUGCAGUCAAAUAUGAUCAACAAUACGACUAGUUUAUUCAGAAUCAGCUGUAAAGCGUAUUAAACCCUGUUGGUGGGGGAGGACUUUGACAACUUUAUUCACAAGUACUUUUUAUUGUCCCUGCAAAACACAUCGACACAAAUCCAUCAGGUUAGGCUGGAAACAUCACACGAAAUGCUAAAAUAACCAAAAGCUAAAACCACAUUUUCAAAGUCUAAUGAUGCAGGAGGAUUGGAUGAAAUCCUAAGCAGACUAGAACCACUUUUUUAUGUAUGGACUGCCCCCAUUUUCUGUGUCAUUUCCAUGCAGAGUUUGUGAAGUGCAGCACUGUCUUCAUUGAAGUCUAUAGAUGGAGUAUUUUUGGGUCGUGUCACCUUGAAAACCCAGGGUUCUACUCAGGAACCCUGUAAUCCUGUAUUCCAUCACCACCGUUUGUUUACAUCCUGUACUGAACUGAAUAUGUUUUUAUUCUUUAGGUUGUGUUUGUGUUUCCUUGUUCCUGUUGUUGUUGUUGUUUUUUAUUAUUAUUGUGGGUGUGGAGGCAGAAUUUUGAACUAGAAUAACCGGGACUAAAGUGAGCCUCCCCAGAUCCCAGAGCAGCGACCGCCGCUGAUUUCCAUCCUCUUCCUCUCCUUUGUAUGCUGCUCAUCCUCGCUUGCGCCCUCUCCUCCUUCCCUCUCUUCCUUCCCUCACCUCCUUCCUCAUCAUCCUCUUCGGCUCUGGCCAAUCGCAGCCUAGCGGGGUGUGGUUUUACUACAGUAGGAUGGCCAGAGUUUGGGAGAAGAGGGGAGAGAGGAGCAGGAAGCGCCGCCGAGAGGAGACGCUCCGUUACGCCACUUGGAAGAGCAACCGGGAUUAACACAGUGUGUGUGUGCGUGCGUGCAUGCGCGCGUGUCUGCCUGCGUGCGCGUGUGACGAGGUCCAAACGGAACGGAUGGAAAUACAACAGAGGAGUUGAUACAUGCGACAAACGCUGAGGGAGCGGAGGUGGCUCUGUGAGUGUGGAUACCUGCGCUUCUCUGUCCGGGCGAAAGGUGCGUCACAGAGCUCCUGAUGAAGGAGUUCCUCCGCGGCUCUGGACUGGACUGGAACACGGCAGAAUCAGAAAUACUGCUGGGAUUGUUGCCUCGUUGAGACGCGAACUUUGGCAACGGUUGGCCACAACGACAGCCACACCAAGAGGACUCAGAUCUGCCAGUAGGGAGUUUGUCUUCAACUUCAACAUCAAGAAAAUCAGCUGUGAAGUUGGGACGCGAACCACAGAGUGGGUCUCCGAGGAACAGCAAAGGAAAAUGCCUGGAUUAUUUCGGCCAGUGUCUCUGCGGUGAGGUGGGGACCGAGCGGAGCAGUCGGCCGGUGGCGCACGGCUGCUGCCGUCUUCUAGUUCCGUUGCUGCACGGGUUCCUCCACCUUCUCCACUCCACCACAGGGCUACACAUCCAGAGACGCACGGGUUGGACCUGCGUCCACACCCUCGGCCAGUGCGAGGCGUCCUUUGGAAGAAAUGCCGGUCCCAGGUGCCCUAGUACAUCAUCACCGGGAUCAUGGCAACUCCUUUGGCAAUGACACGAGAGAGAUGGUCCACCGGCUCCGCUCGCCUUGUUAGAUGGUCGGCGCCCUCCUUGAUGCUCCUAUGGUUGCCCUGGGUGUUGUUGUGGCAGCCGGGGGGCGGCCGGGGUGGACAAGCGGUUGGCGUCGGACACGGCGGGAAGGUGCUGCACGGCUCGCUAACGUCUUCAUCCUCAUCUUCAUCCUCCUCCUCCUCUUCUUCGUCCUCCUCCUCCGGCUCCUCACAAUGGGGCAUCAACACCCGUCAGAGCCGCGGGGAGCUGGACUGGCUGCUGUCGGAGAAGGGACCGUUCCACAAAUGUCCCGAGUACACGGAGUUCAGGGAGCGUUUUCAACAGGGGUUCUCCACCAGAUACAAGAUCUACAGGGAGUUCAGCCACUGGAAGUUGAACAGCUUGGCCACCGAGAAGAGAGACUUCCUCAAAGCCCCGUUGCCCUUAGCACCAGAGUUCCUGCGCAACCUACGGUUACUGGGGCGACGGCCGACCCUGCAGCAAAUCCACGAGAACCUCAUCAAGAAGUAUGGCACCCACUUCCUGGUGUCUGCUACUCUGGGAGGUGAAGAAUCCUUGACCAUCUUCCUGGACAAGCAGAAGUUGAAUAAGAAGUCCGAAGGCAGCAGCAACAGCUCGGUGGUGUCUCUGGAGCUGCUCCAUCAGUUGGCAGCUUCGUACUUCACCGAUCGGGAGAGCACCCUCCGGCGUCUGCACCACCUACAAAUUGCCACCUCUGCAAUCAAGGUAACAGAGACACGGACGGGGCCUCUUGGCUGCAGCAACUAUGAUAGGCUGGACUCAGUCAGCUCGGUGUUGGUGCACAGCCCAGAAAAUAAAAUCCAUCUAAAGGGCUUGCAAGAUGUCCUUCCAGAGUUCCUGCGUGGGCGCUUCGUGGAGGCAGCACUCAGCUAUGUGGCAUGUAACUCAGAGGGUGACCUUCUCUGCCGCAACAAUGACUGCUGGUGCCGCUGCUCUUCCCGUUUCCCGGAAUGCAACUGCCCCUUCGCCGACAUUAAGGUCAUGGAGGAGAACCUGGAAAAGAGCAAAGAGGCCUGGAACAACCUCAACCAAGAGUUCAUGGAAUCAGGUAGGCUGCACUAAACGCUACAGAACGUUGUGGGGUAUCAUCAUCAUCGUCGUCGUCAUCAUGGAGAAAUUUAAAUUUUUUAGCUUCAGAUCUAGUGCUGCUCUUGUUUUCUUUUAAAACAGCAGCGAGCUAAAGAUGAAGUCGACAGACCGCACACCUCCACCUUCUCAGCGGGGUUGCCGUUUCGUUACCCUCCGCUCAGAUGUUCACACGUGUGGUGUGCAGCGUAAAAUUGAACUUUUUUUUUUAUUAGUUCUUGGAAGUAGCACCAGAAAACUGUUAAAUGCGUCAACACUGACAGCUAAUUUAGUCUUUGGUGUGUGAUGUCAUCAGGAAGCACAGGUGUUGGUGUCUCUGACUGUUAGCCCAGCUGGCACCCAGGUGCUAACAUUAGCUUUUUUUUUUUUGCAAGAUAUUACUAAUGGACAGAAGGGGGAGCUGUCAUGUGGUUUUGUGAAUUUUCAGUGACAUUUUCAAUUUAUUGUAGAAUUCUGGGAUGUGAUGAUCACACC